AGGGCGGGCGCGCCGGCGGGAACCGCCCCCGGUGGUGGCGGGAGGCAGCGGCACCGCGCGGGGCUGCGGCAGCUCCGGGCGGCCCCGCGCCGCCACCGCCACCCCUCGGACCCGCGACCCCCGGGACCCCCGCACCCGGACACCCCCGGGACCCCCCGGGCUCCCGAGCCGGCAGCGCCGCCCGCGGGGUCCCGGCGGUUCUCGGAGGCAGGUCCCGGAGGGAGCAGACGCAUCCCCGCCGCGCUGCCGGAGGAGUGGAAGCUUUGGGAAAGCUCCGAGCCGAGGUCACAGCUCCCGGAGGCCCGGCUGUACCGGGGGUCCUGCCACCCACCCUCCUGCCGUCCCGCUGCCCGCACCGCAGCCGUCCCGUCCCCGCUGUCCCCCGCCAAUGCCCCCGGGUGCAGGCUGUGCCGGCGUCCCAAGCGCGGGGCCGAGCCGGGGGUCCCGCUCCUCCCCACGGGGCAGCGGCGAUGGGGGCGGCUCUCUCCACCGGAGCAGUUGUUGCGAUUUCUUUCAACUGCAUCAUCGCCUUGCUCAUCCUCAUCCUCUUCCUCAUCCUCUGCAAGGCCUGCAGGACCCCGUCGUGCCCCAAGAAGGGUCCCCCCUCCGACGCGGAUGAGGCGAGGAACGAGGAGAAGUACCUGCUGCAGCCCUGAGCCGCGCGGGGGGCUCGGGGACGUGGGCACCCGGCGGUGCUGAAGGACCUGGACGUGGUGUCCGUAGCGGGACGGUGGUGCUGGCCCGGCAGGAUGGGAGCGGAGGGGACGCUGAGCUGCUCGCAGGGGCGUGAUUUGGGGCAGAGCCCUUCACCCCCGUGGUCCUGGCGCGUGGACGCCCUGCGGGUGCCCGUGGUGACCGCGAGGACGGAGGCGCAGCGGCUGGGGACGUGCUGCGGGGACAUGCACAGCCAGCAAGCGUGGCGGGAGCCGUGCCCUCGAGCUCAGCCCGUGUUCGGGGCCGGCCCGCGGGCUCCUGCGUGGUGCUGGUGGCCCGGCUUUGGGGAUACGCUCUGCCCUUCCCCUGGGGACAGCGGCAGGCGGAGAUUCGGCCACCUCGCGGCAUCGCAGACCUGAGCAGGGCUGGAUGGGGGCUCGGAGAGAGGAGGCGAUGGGGCUGGCACCUGCCCUGCACCUGCCCAAACGCUGGCUGGGGCAGGCAGCCCGUGGGCAGGGGACCUGUCCCCGUGGUGCUGUCCCCCGUGGGAGCACCUCCCCGUGCCCCGCUGCUGCCUGCCCGAGCCCCUGCAGAGAGCUGGGGAUGUUUCAGAGCUGGAGUGCCCGGCUGAACGGCACCGCAGGGUCUUCCAGCCCUGAUUCCUGGGGACAGGAGGUUGGCCUGGCCCCCCUCUCCAAGGCCAUGGUGGCUCUAAAGCGAGGGACACUUGGUCUGGUUUGUCCCCAAGCCUGACGGCCGCUUCCUCUGUCCUGCCUGUGAGUUUUGGAGCGGCUCCUACAGUGGAGCAGUGGCCAGAGCGGGGACCCCGGGGUGCCUGGUCCCUGCUGGCACAGCCGCUGCAAUACGGGGCUGGAGAGGUGGGCUGUGCCAGGGGGAUGCAAGCCGGGGUCCCCGCACAGGCUUGGCCAGGCCUGGCGAAGCCCCUGGUUCCUUCCCGUGUCAGGUGUAGCUAACAUCCCUUUGCAGUCGUGUUUUUACUAGACUAAUAAACCAGCCGUAGGACCCAGGA